AUGUAUGAUGAAGACGAGGCCACAUUCAGCUUCAGCCAGAUCAGACAACGGAUUCAAGAACAAAUAAAUUUGGCCACUGACGGAGUAAAAUCACCAGAGAAGCCUCCGAUCCCACGGCAUCGACCGAAGCCCUUGAAUGGGCAUCUCAGCCCACAGAAUGGGAACGCGCGUCAAAAGCCACCGCUAUUACCGAAGCCGGCGCACUUGACGAGAAAAUCCGAGUUGUCUCCUACACUUGGUCGAAUCAAGGAAUGCAACUCGACUGAUGGGGAUGAUUUUGAGACGCCGCGAUUCUCCGGGUCGAUUCCUGAUCUGUGUGUCACUACGCCAUCCGUCGACGACUUAGAAGCUGGUACUUCUGUUGAGUCGGGAGGUAUGACGCCUCGGAGGUCUAUUCCGGGUUCGUGGACGACUGGUUGCAGCCCUGGCUCCGACGGCUCGAGUGAUACAAAUGCACGGAGUGGCAGCGAUACGGAGUCAGAACCCGAAGAGCAAACCAUGAUGCGCGAGCCUAGAGGCAGAACUCGUCGAUCUGAAUCUGCUGUUGGGAUUUUCGAAAGAAGAGUCUCAUCCUCGCUUUUCUACACGGACUCCACGCUCUCAAUGUCGAGCAUGCAUGAGAAAAUUGUGGACGAAUUGAUACAGAAGAAGAUCAUACGGGAGAGCCGUCGAAACAUGGGCAAAAGCGAGAAAGCUUUAAAAAGAGCGUCCUCUUCGCUGUCUGAGAACUCUUCAAAUGUUGAUAGUGGCAGCACCGGCACGGUAGUGGAUGAGACCGCCCAUGAUUACGAUGUCGGGGAUCCGAUUGAGAAUCGACGACUGCGCGAUUUGCACAAUGCGGCACUCGAAUUUCUGACCGUCGAGAAGAAGUUCUGCAAAUGGCUAAACGUCAUGGCUUUGGUCUACCCGAGUUAUCUACGCGAAUACGCGAAAGGGAUUAAUCGCGAGCUGCUGCCCGACGAAAAGGAGAGCCCCGUCGAACGCGUCAGAGUUUUGCUUCUACAAAUUUUGCCCGUCCACGAGAAAAUGCUUGCCGAUUUUCAAGAAAAUUUGGCCAAUUGGGACAGUCGCAAUCCAAACCUGGCGCGGCUGAUCAAGUCGAUGGCUCCGUUCCUCAAGGUCUGCAAGCCGUAUCUGUUGGAGAAGACACAACUUGCUGAAGAUAUGCGGAACCUCGCCCGGCACCACGAUUUCAACAAGGCCACCGGCUUGUUUGAGCAGAAAAUUCUUGGCUACGGUCCUGGGGCUGUUGUGCAGCAAUUGGACCAAGUGCACCAGAAUUUCUUGCGCUACAAACUGCUGAUGAGCUCCUAUGUGAAGUAUCUACCGGCAGACAGCGAGGAAUUGGUGCGAGCGAAUGAAGUUGUAACGCUGCUUGAAAAGGUUGCCCAAGACGUCAACAAGGACCUCGACACACCCUCCUGUGAUGCUAUAUGGAGACUCGCCGAGCGUUUUGGAGAGCGUGAGAUAGUUUUUGAGAAGGGGCACCAUUUCAUCAACGAAACGAGGGUGCAGAAACAAACGCGAAACGAUCGACAGCCUCGCGUUUUAGUACUGUUCUCGGACUGCCUAUGGAUUUGUCGUGAGGGCACCGGUUGCAUGUUCAACAUGAAGAAGAGCUUCAAGCUUGCCCUGGACACAACUCAAAUUGAGCUUCCGGAGCACCAGCCCUUCCACACGCAGCUGAACAUCCAAAGCCCGAUUAAGUCCUGUGCCGUUUUAUUUGAGAAACGCUCGGAACGCGACGCAUAUGCCAAAAUCCUGCAAGGGGCCAUCGACGCUCGGAUUUCGCACAUGCGCAGGGUGUAUGCCGGCAAUCGCCGCGCGUCAAUUGCGAAUGGCGUCGAGCCGGACGAUCGCACCGCGGAGAUGUUAUUUGAGCGACCGGCGCUGGCCCCCAUUGAACCCUUUCUGCCCAACAAAGAACCGACGCUACUACAAGCCCUGUGGCUGCCCGAUCACACGUCGACCCGUUGUCUAAUGGACAAAUGCGGCACCGAGUUCAGCCUCCUCAAUCGCCGCCACCAUUGCCGUGAAUGUGGAUGGUUGAUCUGCUCGCGCUGCCUGGGCCGCGCUCCGAUACAGAAGCUUGACUACGUCAGCAAGAACGUUUGCCCCGAGUGCUACGGGCGUAUCUUUGGAUUAUAUCGAAAAGGGAUACUGUUCCCGGAGCAGAUGCUGGUCCGCGACUCCUCCAACCCCGAUUUGGCCACGGGGGUCUACGUGAAGGGAAAAGAAUGUUCAAUGGACAGCCUUUUCCGCGAGCCGCAACACGCUAACCUGAAGCGCCUGGACAUCAACGCGCGGUUCAAGGGAAAGGACGGGACCGUGUUCGGGAGCGUCGUAUUUCGUGACCAAAAGGGCAAGGAAUCUGAAAAAUUCGCUCAGCUCGAGGACUACCACCUAUCAUUCUUUGCGGCAAUUUUUGAUGAAAAGCCCGAGUAUAAAUAUUUUAUUCACGGCUAUUAUCUGAAGGAGGAGGACCUCGAUAGCAGCUGUGGCGCCGUAUUCUGGCUGCGGCACCAGAAUCAAUUCCACACGGACCGGCGCGACGAGGCGACGAUCGUAUUCCGCGUGGACAGUCUCGACGAACGGAAAAAGUGGUCGGACGCCCUGAACAAGCUGCUACACGGCGAGGCGAAUGGGGAUGCCGCU